GCACCUGGCACCUGCGCAACUGCAAGGUGCUCAUGCCUCAGACCGACAAGCCGGCGCCGUUUUAACAACAGUUUUCGAGCUUCGUUACGCAUCUUUCAUCUACAGAUAUGGAGUGUAUACACACGUAUAUACACACGUAUGGCACGUGGGUGGCCUCGACCAUUGUUCUCGCGUUCAUCACACUGCUCUUACUAGGAGGAGGGCGUCAUAUUUACCGCAAGAAGAAAGAGGAUAACAGUGUGAGAACGCAGAAAAAUGACGCCAAGGUUUCAGGAGAUGGACAUGUCGUUAUCCAGUCUGGCGACAACCCAUCUAUAACAAUAGCAAUGCCUGAAAAUGGAAGUCCAGUCAGGCAGAGUGACGACCCUACACCCAUCGCGACAGAGACCCGGCGUAAAAUCACGAAAAAGAACGGAGACCAGGUGGAUGAAACAAUUGUGAAGUUCUUUGAUACUCCCGCGGGAAAAGAACUGGCCAACAAGCAUUUUUCCGAAAAGUACCAAGGCACCACGCUGAUGACUUGUCAAAAGUGUUGCGUCAAGUUCUACCUCUUGGCACCCACUUUGGAAAUCGCGGAGAAGAUACGCGAAGACGGGAAGAGCGGCCGUCUCGAAAGUGUCAUUGUGGAACUCUUAAAGCUUUCCCCAAUUCCAGACCUAGAUUGCGAGAAGCUACGUAUCAAAGUUACCAACGUCAAUGUAACUACAAGAUCAGCAAAAGGGGCCAACAUGACAUCGGAUGUACGUGUCGACCAAGAACAACAACUUGUGUAUCAGCCCAAGAAUCCUAUUCCAACGUUUUCCCUGCUUCGCCUGAAGGACCUCCCGAAGACGUGGGCCACUUUGGCUAAGAUGGCGAUGGGAUUUGGAGCAAUAUUGCACAACUUUGUUGCCUUAGUCUCCAGCACGAGCACAGGACACAAAGUGAGCAAUGGUGACAGAGAGGAAUGCUCUCCAGCCGAAGAGAUCAUCGUUGAAGUGACGUUCGAAGUGGAAAAAAACGAGAUGAAGCAUCAAGAACCCGAACAGCUCUCCUUGACGAAAUACACAAGUCCCGCCGUCAGGACAAAACACAGUAAGGCAGAAAUAUACACACCGAAGGAUUUCGUCAAUGCAAACCAAACGGAGGAAAUGUAUUCGACCCCCGGCGUUUGCUUCUGA